GGGGAUUAGAGAUCGGCAACCUCAUUGGAAUUCGCGAUUUGGGCGGCGUUUCUCGGGCUUUCCGCGACAAUGCGACCGGUCCAAUUGCUUGGAGGGGACAUCGACACACUUCUGAGAAAACCAAUUGGAUGGAAAGGGGUAUGCAAUCCUCGGCGAUCGGCGAUGGGGCUCUCGAUCUCUUUGGCAAGGGGAGCGUACUCCAUGGCGACGGGAGACAGGAUGCAGAGGCGGCAGAGCAGACCUUGGCUCAGACGACCAGGCAGGGCGGCAUCCAUGGCAACACAGAGUACGGAGUAGACGGCCACUCCUCAGGGGCGGUGCUAUUAGACAGAUGGAACCUCGCAAGCGAAGGGACUUCUGACCUGGGUUGUGCUCACAGAGCUAUUGCAAGUCUUCAUACCUGCGAAAUGACUCAAUUGACAGGAAUCAAAAGCAUCCGGAGGUGGAAAUUGCAGGCGGGAAUCCAUUUGAGUUUGGCCUUUUUAUUGAAAGCGAAAAAAAAUCUUUUUAAUUGCUUUGACAAAUCUGUUCGUAUAUCCGAGAUCAAAUCCGGUCUUCAAUUGUGUUUGAUCUCGAUAAUUUGAUGUGGCUGAGGGAUUCUAUUCUUAAAAUUUCCUUGGACUAUUGGGUGAAUUCUAGACCGGAGCUAGGCAAUUUUAUAAUUCUCUUCAAUUCAAAUUCUUAUGGUGGGUUUAUUCGG